UAUGUAGAAAUUUUUGUUACUGUUGACUGCGGUACGGUGCGGGACGGAUGUUACCAUUCGAAGUCUAAGUUGGUCUUGUCUAGUGUCUUUUGUUUAAAAAGUAGUGAUUAGUCCCAUAAAGCAGCAGAGGCUGCAAAGCUGAGAAUUUAUAUAACAAAAUAUUUUUUUUUACUCUUCAACUAUGUAUUUUUUGGAGCCUUGACAUUGAGCUCGACUAGGCAGAUAUAUUAUGUGACAGAAUAAUAUACUCAACGCUAGACAUUACUAAUUACCUCAAUACGGUUUUCUAUUUUGCUUGAGCGCUUAAACCGGAUGGUUCACACCGGUAAUUAAUGGUUACCAGAUUUAAUGCUUACAGCUACUAAACAGGUAGCACAUUAUUCAAACCAAUUUGGUGGCACAUUCUAGUAGUCGUGGUUGAUGGCUCUCAACCUACCAUUUCUUGUCACACUUCCAAAUUCAUCCAUGUGCUCGGUAAUAUGGAAAUCACUCUCCAUACCACCAAUCUCUUGGUUGGACUUAGUUGAAAAAAAGGUCAUGGUUGAAUGAUCAUUUCUUGAGUGUGUAAUACCCUCAUUGAUGAUAAUAUCUGAUGGAACAUCGUCCAUAAUCAGAAGCAAAAUAUGUUGAACACUGAAGCACUAAGUUAAGAACCGUUUUGUUUCUCUUGGAAGAAAUUUGGUUAGAAUCAGUUUCAAAUAUUUUUUUAAGAGCUUUAGUAAUAAACAGUUUCAUAACUUUAGAAGUUAGAGACAUUACCUUUGUAAAAAUAUUCCAAAAUUUUGGAAACCAAGACUAAUGCUCCAUUUUGCUAUACCCAGAUCUAGCCCAGCUUAGAAUUAUGCCUAGACAUGUAUGCUUAAUAUAUUUUUUAUAUUAGGCCAAUAUGACUUAUGGUGACUUGAUAAUUCAAUAGUAUGCUCGUUAUACGAUCAAUAUGAUAGUAUUGUUUUUACCAAAAAAAAAAAAAAAUUGAUAGUAUUGCUUUUCAGUCAUUGGGUGACAACGUGAUUGUCAAAAAUAAAAAUCAUUAUAACGAACGGUUGGAAAUUUGUUUUUCAUUUUCAACUAGUAUAUGGUUAGUACGGGUCUGAAUUGAAUACCACGAGUUUAUCAUAAAUUUAGAAUGUACAAGAAAGAAACUAAAAUGACAAUGAUUUGUGUUUUUAAGAGAAAAACAAUGAUUUACUUUAGUCUUCAAGCUUCUCUCCUGUCUACAAGACCGAUCCUGAGCACUGUUAUGUGAAACAUUUGCAACAGAUCCAUAAAUUUUUUGACAAAAAUUAUAUAGAUAUAAACCCUCAAAAAAUAAUUUUUAAGUCCCAGAUAAAAAUAAGACAUUGUCACAGUUACUAAAAAUAAUGGCCGUUUGACGUAAAAAAAAAAAUUCAAGUAGCAAAGAGAAGAAGGCCUAUAAGUAGGAGACUGUUAAAGAUACGGUUCAGCGAAUUUGUCUCGAGACUAACAAAGAUGCAUCGCCUUUCAAAAUGGAUUACAUCCCAUUUUAUGUAGUAUUUUCUAUCAAAAAAAUAUAUUUAAAGUAUCUAAUCUAUUAAAACAGAGUCCUAUUUGAAUUUUAUCAUGGCAUGUUUUAAAUUUGGACUUAUUAAACAUGUUGUGACCAUGUUAAAAACAGAUUUCUUAUACAAUCUUAAAAUAAUAUAUUUUUGUAUCAACCUAAUAAUAUCCUUAAAUAAAAAGUGACGCAAACUCAUAUCGUCAUUCGAUUCUUUUUUUAUUAUUAUUUGUAAUUGAAUUUUAAAAUCAGGAAACCUAAUUUCAAUUUCUGGGUUGUGUCUCCAAAGGAAGGAAUAUGAUAUCUCAAUUCUUGAAUCAGACUGGGUUGUGGAUAUCAGUUUGUUCUGUCGGAAGCUCCCGAAGAUACAUGACCCUUGGUAAAAUCAUGGCUGGGAACAAAGCCAAGAAAAAUCAAAACUUUUCACAGAUUCUUGAGAAGAUUGAAGCAGAAGGACACUUCUUUCAGUGGCAACAAAAGUUUAUAUCGGGCAUGUAAAACAAACAAAUCAUUUUUUCUUUUCGAAAUGUUCUGCGUGUAAAUACAUGUUUGAUCAUCAAAUAAUCAACCAGUCAACUCGGAUUGACUCUGUUUAGUUUAUGUGACUUGGACGUGGACUGUCCUAUAGUAUGAUUUUUCAUUACGAACCAAAGACUUGGCUGUGGUUUAAUAUGUUUCUCGAACGAUCUGUUGAAUAUUUUUCAGUAUUUGUGGGUUUUAAAUUUAAGCUGCGUUUAGACUCCUUGGGCCUCUUGUGACGGGUUUGGAUUUAAACUGGAGAUCCACUUAUUGAUUAUGACAAUUGUGUGGUGGAGUGUAACAGGUACUACUCAAUGUACAAACAUGUGGAGAAACUAGCACAAGAGAUUAGGAAAGGUGCUGCUCCUGGUGAUGGUGUCAAUGCCAAACUUUGGCAGGUCAGUCAGUGCUCUCUUUACUCGGUUUUCUAUGAAACAUUUCUGACAAUUCUAGGCUACAAUGAGACACAGAAACUGACCAUGAAAUCUUUGAAACAGAAUAGGAGUUGAAGUUAAAAACAAGUUCUUAUGUCUGAAUGAAACAGGGAAUACAUUUCUACUAUAUUUUUAUUUACGGUGAAUGUCUCUGGUACCUGUCAAGAAAAAACACUUAGCUCAAUGCUUCAGUAUGAAAGUGUCAAAAUAACUCAAAAAACAAAAAUCUCACUGAUGCAUGUUUUCAGCUGCCUUAAAUUUAACUUGCAUCCUCUCAAAUAAAUAAGAAGACAUUCAUACUGAAGCAUCGAGCUAAGUGUUUUUUCUUGACAGGUACCAGAGACGCUCCAAGAAGAUGUGCUCUCUAAAAUGAGUUCACCUCUAAAGAGUGAUGCUCAUCUUAUCACCCCCAACGACCUAGCCGAGGCUGAUGAGUUUGUAUUUUGCUUCUCAAAAAGGUUCGGUAUGAUGGCUGCUCAGUUCAAGGCAUUCUUAGAUGAAACUGGUGGCCUCUGGAGGACUCAACAACUUGCUGGUAAGCCAGCCAGAAUCUUCUACAGCACCGAGUCUCAAGGUGGUGGUCAAGAAACCAUGGUGUAAGUUUCUUUGCUCAAUCCAAAACAACACUUCAUCAAAGACACUUGCGUCAGUUUUUACGUUUUAGAGUUUUACUUGGUGUUGUCAUUGAUUUCUAACACAAUUUUGUUUUUGGAAUCUUUGUAAGCAGGAGGCAAAAACUAUAUUCAGACCAACUCUAUAUUUAUAAAUCUUGAUCUCAUGCCAGUUAAGCAAACAUAAGAAUUUUUUAUCUCAUUUUUUUAUUUAUUUCUAAACAUAAGAAUCAAGAUACAUGUUUACAACUACAUAUUUGGUUGCUAAUGACAUUUAUAGCAUAUGGUGAGUUGGUUUUUCGUCGCUUUUAACUCAUUUUUUAGUUAAAUGAUGAAUUUUAACUUUUCUUUUUAUCAAAGUUAACUUGGAGCGCCUGAGUAAGAUAAUAACACUAUCAUACAAAUUCUACUAAUCCCUUUGAUGAACCCGACAAAACAUCAAGAAAAUACAAAACCAAAUAUUGCCCAUAUAAGUGCGUAAAAUUUUUUUUCGAACCACUAAAAAUGUAGUUACCUAGAUCAGAAUCAAAAUCGAAAAUUUCAUAUCCUAUUCUUGAAUAGAUCCAAAAAUUAUAUCGGUUUCUAACACUGUUAUUUGAACCAAACCAAACCAAGAUAACUAAUUUGAUACCAAAUCAUAAUUCAUAAAUAACUAAAUGGCUCUUAUAUUUUUUGAACCCAAAACCACAACUAAAUCAGAAUCAAACUGAAAACAAAAAAUAAUCCGAAAGUAAACAAAAAAACAAACGUCUAUGCCUAAACAAUUUAGUGAACAAAACAUACAUGUUACUAAAUUUGUCUAACACAUAAUAAUUUCGCGCUUUCAAAGCGCGGAUACUAUCCUAGUUUACUUUAAAAAAAAGAAAGUUUACUCAAACAUUACAUAUUUUUAGAAAACAAUUGACUAAAACCAUACAAAAUUUUUUUUAUUACUGUUAUUUUUUUAUACCAAACGUGCUCUUUUUUAUGUUAUGAGAAAAAACGUAUUUACAAGAAUACCAUUACUAUUUAGUGCCACAUAAGCAAAAAUCCGGCGCCAUCCAUGUUUUCAUUAAGUUAGCCGUAAAGCGCUAUAUACGUCGUUACGGCUGAGUUAUUGCUAUGUUGCGGCUGAAUUAAACAACGCGGCUGACUUAAGAAAAAACAGCUGACUUAAGAACAUAAGUCAGCUGUUAGUUACGACUGAUUUACAGAAAUCUGGCUGAUUUAUGGGAUAACGACUGACUUACGUACACGCGUUACGGCUGACUUAUACAUCGGCGAUUUGAUUUCUGGAAAAUUUGGUUGAGUUAUAGUUAAGACAUGGCUGAGUUAUUUUCCACGGCUGAGUUAAUGAACAUCGACUGGCUGAGUUAUUGAAUUUACGACCGACUUAUGGGAUGUUGUUACGGCUGAGUUAUAUUAGUCAGCUAUAAUUGGAUGGAUUAACAGUAAACUCAGCUUAUUUACGACUGACUUAUUAGAGAAAGAUUAAUUACUAGAAUAACAUUCGUUUGAUGGCUGAUUUAUUUGACGAUACGGCUGACUUAUGAUUUUGCAUCCUAAUUACGGCUGAUUUAUUAGUAAAAAAUUAAUUACUGAAAUUGUAUCCACGUUUCGGCUGACUUACAUUGUACAUGAGGGCUGAUUUAUUUAGGAUGAGUUAUAUAUUCGUUUGACGGCUGACUAACUAAUUUUCCAUGUCUUCAACUCGGAUUUGCCAUGUCAUCACUAGUCUAAUGUUACAACAGUAAAAUAAGGGUCUAUGUUAUCUUUAUUCUUCAUCUUUUUUAUCUAUCUUCUUCAUCUAUCUUCUUCAUUUUAUUCUUCAUCUUUCUCUGAGAUCUUAUGGAUCUGGUAAUUAUUGUUUCCGCAACUAGAUCUAUAAAUAUAGAUUUAAAAAAAUUGAAUCUGAGACAGAUCUACUGCAGUCGUCGUCGUUUUCGAUGAUGAUCGGUUAAAGAGAAGUUUCCUCUCUUCCGGUGUCAUGUAUUUACUUUUUAAUGAGCUUGUAACGUUGCCGUAUUUACUUUUUAAUCUUCUUGUCUACAUACUCUGAUUGAUAUAAGUUCACUCUUUAUCUUUGAAAACAGUUAAGCUUAUCAAAGAUAAGACAAUGAAGAGAUCAAAAAAGUUUAUGACUUUAUCAAUUCAUGUCUCAAGACGAUGAUGGUUUGUUCAACGCAAAAUCUUCCAAGCAAGCUUUCUCAUUAGGACAACGAUCAGCAUGAAUGUUUUACUGAUGAACAAUUACUGAAAUAGUUCCAGCUACAGCUCUAUCAGUUUCUACAACUACCACAUUAUUAGAAACCUCUGUCACUGCACUCGCAACAAUCUGUCCCGACCGAACCAAAAACGAAUGCUGGUAAUGGUUUAUCCGGUUAGGGAAUACCAAGACAUGUGAAAAGUCAACGACCCAUCUUGUCCCAUUACCAUAAACCUUUGACUUCCCUAUCGUUGACUUCAACAUCAUCCCUGAUAUGUUGUUCUGAUCAAUCACAACUUGAUCAAUCUCAUGAAAAUUUCCUUUCACUUUCACGAUGGGGAAAUUUUUUCUUGAUUUACUCCUAAACAUGUUGUUGACGAUGUUUAACCCGGAGAUCUUCCCGUGUACCGAUCUCAACACGAUGUUCGCAUCUCCUAUGAAGAGAGCGUUUGUGACAUGAACGUGAACAGGAUCUUCAAUGACUAUACCUGUGUAAUCAAGAUAACAAUUGUCUAUCCUCGUUAAAUGUGACUUCACUGGUAUGCCGAUUCCACCGAACCAUGUGGCCUUAUUGUAGCAAUGCACUCCCGUGACCAUAUUGGCCUCGCCACUCAAAGAGAUACCGAUCCCAGCGGAGAAGAUUACUACAUCAGUAAUGGCGUUAUCGGUGCUAGAGAGAUCGAUUCCCGUCCCGGAGAAUGAUGGUUCUUUUUUGUCUCCCCCUACUGUUGAAUGUUGUCCGAAGAAGGAGUUUGAAAUGUAUGUCUCGUGGCCUCCCUUGACGUUAACCCCCUGUGUUGUGAAAUGGAGGAAGUAGCAAUUGGUUAUACGGAUACGAGCUGAGUUGAUUACCAAAAUUCCCCCUCCUCUGAAGCUUGAGUCGAAUAGAAUGUCUCGAAAAGUCACGUCCUCGAAGAAGAUCCCGUAGUUUGGUGGGACGAGUUCGAUAAGAUGCCGGUUACCAGGAAACACGUUCGAUGCUCGGAAAGUCCCACCUUUUACCUUAUUUACACCAAUAAAUAGAUAAAGAUUCAAACAUGUUUUUUGUAAAAUGUGAAAAUUUUAUACUAAUUUUAUAUUUUUGACCAAAAUUACAAGAUGACUAGUAACUGAAAAAAACGCAACUAGGAAACAAUCAGAAACAAAACUACCACUAAACAAGGACUAAUAUAAGAUUGGGGAUGAUGUUAGGGAUGGACAAAUUACUUGUUACCCGUUAUGUAUUCACUACUUAGUCUCUACUUGACUCGUGAAAUUGGGCACUUGUUUUGACCAAGUCGAAUAUUAAGUAAUUUGUUUACAUUGCUUACAAGUAGUAUUAGAUAGUAUCAUUUAGUACCAAAAUAAAAAUAAUUAUUUGACGUUGUUGGUUUGUUAAUUAUUUUUACUAAAGACAAAAAUAUAUUUUCCUGAAUUAUAGUAAACAAUUUGUUUAUAUUUCCAUUUCCUGAAUAUAUUUCCCAACAAAUCGAGUACUAAAUAUAUCAAAAAUACCAAAUAAUUGGUUUGUACCCACCUCUAGAAGAUGUUAUGAAUCAACGACUAAUAUUUAUAAUAUUAGGAAUUUAUUUUCUUGACCAAAUAAUAUUACGAAUUUAGGGAUGAUGUUAUGGGUAAAACAAUGGGAAAAUUGGAAAAAUGGGACACUUUGAACUUUUAUUUGUCACAAUAGGAUUUCUGAUAUUUUGGACAAUUCUGGACAUAUUUUACCCUUUUUUAAUAGAAAAAAUAGUAAACUGAAUUUUAAAAAUGUUAAAAAAUAUCAAAACUAUUGGAAACAUAAGUAUGACAAUAUAUAUGUUUAAAUUGUUUUUUUUUUUAAAAUGAAUCAUAUUUUAUUUCAUCUUCUAGCUACAGUUAUAAUACUCAUUCUGGUCAUCUACUUAGUCUAGAAUUCGGCUACUAAUGUUUAUACAUAGAUAUAUCUUUGGUAUACAACGUAACCUAUCUUUUCUUAUAUAUUCUAACCAAAGCUAGGUUACGUUACGUUAUAAUCAAGAAAGAUGUCUUUCUUAUACCUUUAGCUUGGUUACGACAUGUAGCCACAAUGCGUUGAUAUACCCUAUCUAUAUUUGGAGCCAUGAUGUGGUCUGCCUUUUACCUUAUGUGGCGCCUAGGGAAGAAUAUGUUUCACAUCUACUCUACUGUGUUCUGACUUACAUAGGUUAUACAUUCUACAGGAAAUCCGAAAAAUAUGGAAACUUCCAUAAUCGGUUAAAGAUGUUUCCUAAAUCUAAACUAAAUCUUCCCUAAAUAUCUCCAAGAAUAUUUUCUCCCACGUUUUUCUCCUUCUCCCACGAUCUUUUGUCGUCGUUCUUUGUGUUUCUCUCUUCUUCAUCGACAUAAUCAUCUCUCUUUUCUCUAUCAAUACAACAUGGUUCUAAUCUAUGUCAAAUCGGGUGAAUGGAUGUGUAGUCGCGGUGAUGACUGGAGUUUCGUGGUAGACAAAGAAAGGCGUGGUCGAAUGGUAACAUUAGCAACUACUACUACGUUGAAGCAGCUCAAGAUAAUGGUGUGUGAGGAUUAUGGGGUGGACCAUAAUGCCAUUAAUGCCGAGUUCAGUUAUUCGUUGUUGAAUCAAAAAGGGAAUCCUCCUAUUAUUAUCACCAAUGAUCGGCAAGCAUCUAAUUUUGUGGGCUAUGCAAAGAGGGAAUCGUCUACUACCUUGUGUGUGAUGUUCUCUGUUUCCGGUGUAAAUCAAAAGGAACGAGUCAAUAUCGAUUUGAAUAAGGAGCCUUGCGAUUCAAGUAAUGUUGAGGAUGAAGAAGUUCCUGAGAUAAAUCGAGCAGAGUUUGUCAAGCCGUCAAAGGAGUCUUUUGUUAAAAGAACGAAUCAUGUCGCUGCAGAUGGUUGCGGUCCUUUAAGGAGUGAAAACAUUGAACUUUUUCAAAACAAUGGAGACAGUGAUAAGGAUGGUCGAGCUUGGAGAGGAGACUUCGUGAAGAAGGAUCAAAUUUUCACAAGUAAAGGGGUUCUGAAGGCAACAAUGGAAAUUUUAGCGAUGAAGAAUAAUUUCGAUUACACUGUUAUCAAAUCCACGAGAAAAUGGUGGUAUAUUCGAUGUAAAGAUGCAUUGUGCAACUGGACUGUGCGUGCAGAAGGAAUAGAUGGGUCUACAUAUUUCAUGAUCAACCAAUGUGAUGGAAGACAUUCAUGUGCUCCUUCAAAGAAAAGGAAAUUCGGAAAAACAGCAUCAGCAAGAACAAUUGGGACUCUGAUACAACAUCGAUUUGAUGAUGCAAACGAUGGCCCAAAACCGAAUGACAUCAUUCAAUUUAUGAGAAUGGAGCAUAGUUGUGAGAUUACUUAUUGGCACGCUUGGGAAGCUCGUGAGUUUGCUAUUGCAGCUGCUAGAGGUAUACCAGAUCGCAGUUACUCUAAAAUACCAGCAUAUCUGCAUAUGAUUAAAGAAGCAAAUCCUGGUACGCAUACUCACUAUGAAACUAAUGAGAAGGGAAGAUUCAUGUAUCUAUUUAUGUCAUUUGGGCAAUCAGUUAGAGGAUUCUACAAUGCAAUGCGAAGGGUGAUUGUUGUUGACGGAACUUUUCUGAAAAAUAAAUACAAAGGGACACUUCUUGUUGCUACUGCUGUAGAUGGUAACUCUAAUUUGUAUCCGAUUGCAUUUGGGGUUGUUGAUUCAGAGAAUGACGAUUCUUGGGGGUGGUUCUUCAGACAGUUGAAAGUGGUUAUUGCUGAUUGUCAAGACCUAGCUUUUGUCUCAGAUAGAAAUGCGUCUAUUUCUAAAGCUAUUGGGACUGUCUACCCUCGAUCAGCACAUGGAAUUUGCAUUCAUCACUUAUUGACCAAUGUGGUCUCAUUUUUCAAGACAAAAGGAUUGACUGCGUUGGUAGAAAAGGCUUCACGGGCAUAUAGAUACACUGAAUUUCAAGAACGUAUCACCGAAAUUUUUGAUAUGAGUCCUGAGCUUGGAAGAUAUCUACGGGAGGCUGAUGUGCGCAAAUGGGCUCGUUCUCUCUUCCCUGGUUCCAGGUAUGACAUUAGGACCACGAACCCUGCAGAGUCUAUAAAUUCAGUUCUUAGAAUACCUAGAGAAUAUCCGGUUAUUCCUUUGCUUGAUAGUAUAAGAGAACUGUUGACUCGAUGGUUCUAUGAGCGUCGCUUGUUAAGCUCAAAGCAUCUAGAUCCUUUAACCGCUAAGGUGGAGAGAAAGAUUGAUAGGAGAAUUGUGAAGGCAAAAGGAUUCCAGGUUUACAAGGUUGACAACUUCAGAUCGGUUGUAAAAGGAGACAUAUAUGAUUGUCAUGUUGAUUUGGAAAGAAGAACAUGCACAUGUGGUAAGUAUGAUAUAGGAAAAAUUCCUUGCCGACACGCCAUUCCUGCAAUUUAUUCACGAGGUAUGGAAGUGCACAGAUUCACUGACGCCUUAUACAGCACUGCAGCGUGGAGAACCGCCUAUGCAGAUUCCAUUAAUCCAAUAGCAGUUGUAGAGUCAGAAUGGAAUGUCCCUGCUGAGGUUAAACUUGCAAAGGUUUUACCACCAAAGACAAGAAAGAGUGCUGGUCGACCAGUAAAGAGAAGGUAUGAAUCAGUAGAAGACAAGAUCGCAUCUUCUCAAGGAUCAAAGAAGAAUAAAAAGCAUAAGUGUAGCCGUUGUGGAACUGAAGGACACAAGAGAGGAACAUGCGAUUUACCCAUCUAGUUUGUUAUGUGUCUGCAUCUGUCUCUGUUUUUUUCUUUAUUGCUUUUGAAACAAUUUGAUCUUCUGUUUAAGAACCUAUUUGACAAUUUGGUAUUUGCUAAACUAUAGAGACAAAUCGAUUUAUUCUAGUAACAAUCAAAGUAAUUGCAAAAUAAUUCGUUUCAGUAGA